GAGGUGGAGGUUGGAAGGGCCAUACAUUCCCAAACAACAACGUGGCCUCUCUGCAAAACCCCUUAUCAUCUCUCUCUUUAUCUCUUUGUCUCCAAAAAUGGCUUCUAUCAUAGGCGUUUCCUCCAUUUACCAAACACCUUCUCUCGAACUAUACCAGAGGCCAAAUACUGCUGCCUCCACUUCCUCCGUUAGGUUGCAAUGUUUAGACUCCAAGUCUCACUUCAACAACGUCCUCCGAGCCCACCAACGCCACUCCACUGGGCCGGGCCUCAAGCCCACACCGACUACUUUCGUCCCCUCCGCCGUCGCCACGCCCAAUUCCUCCCUCCUCAGCGAAGAAGCCUUCAAAGGACUUGGCCGCGACUUCGACGAAUUCGACCACGCCUCCGAUUCCGACUCCGCCGCCGAAUCCGUUCACCCCGACGAGCUUGACAUUUCCAAGCUCGACUUGCCCUCGCGCCUCGUCGAGUCUCUCCAGAGCCGUGGAAUUACUCAACUUUUCCCCAUUCAGAGAGCGGUGUUAGUACCUGCACUAGAAGGUAGAGAUAUCAUUGCGCGAGCCAAGACCGGUACCGGAAAGACGUUAGCGUUCGGAAUUCCUAUUAUUAAAGGCCUCACUGAAGAUGAACACGCACCUUCUCACAGGAGGUCUGGUAGGCUUCCGAGAUUUUUGGUGCUUGCGCCUACGAGAGAGUUGGCGAAGCAAGUGGAGAAGGAGAUAAAGGAAUCUGCGCCUUACCUGAGCACUGUUUGUGUUUACGGUGGUGUUUCUUAUGUUACUCAGCAGGGUGCGCUUUCGCGUGGUGUUGACGUGGUGGUUGGGACACCAGGGAGAAUAAUUGACUUGAUAAACGGGAACAGCCUUAAGCUCAGUGAGGUUCAGUAUUUGGUUCUCGAUGAAGCGGACCAGAUGCUUGCUGUUGGGUUUGAGGAAGACGUGGAAAUGAUUCUAGAGAAUCUUCCAGCUCAAAGGCAGAGCAUGCUUUUCUCUGCUACCAUGCCCAGUUGGGUGAAGAAGUUGGCGAGAAAAUAUUUGAACAAUCCACUCACAAUUGAUUUGGUUGGUGAUGAAGAGGAAAAGCUUGCUGAAGGGAUAAAACUUUAUGCUAUAGCAGCCACUGCCACUUCAAAGCGGACAAUUCUUUCUGAUCUUGUAACUGUUUACGCAAAGGGUGGGAAGACUAUAGUUUUUACACAGACAAAAAGAGAUGCUGAUGAAGUAUCAUUGUCAUUAACAAAUAGUAUAAUGUCUGAAGCACUGCAUGGUGAUAUAUCUCAGCAUCAGAGAGAGAGAACACUGAAUGGUUUCCGUCAAGGAAAAUUCACAGUGCUUGUUGCCACUGAUGUUGCAGCUCGUGGACUGGAUAUUCCCAAUGUUGAUUUGAUUAUCCAUUAUGAGCUUCCCAAUGAUCCUGAGACUUUUGUGCAUCGCUCUGGUCGUACUGGGCGUGCUGGAAAACAAGGUAAUGCCAUUCUUCUGUACACCAGUAGCCAGAGGAGAACAGUUAGAUCCCUCGAACGUGAUGUCGGAUGCAAGUUUGAAUUUGUUAGUGCACCGGCUAUGGAAGAGGUUUUGGAGUCAUCUGCUGAGCAGGUUGUUGCCACACUUGGUGGAGUUCAUCCUGAGUCUGUUCAGUUUUUCACCCCAACUGCACAGAGACUGAUCGAAGAACAAGGAACAAGUGCCCUUGCAGCUGCACUCGCACAACUGAGUGGAUUUUCCCGACCACCAUCAUCCCGGUCUCUUAUCACCCAUGAACAGGGAUGGAUUACAUUGCAACUAACUCGAGAUUCAGAUAGUAGAAGAUAUUUUUCAGCAAGAUCAAUCACUGGGUUUCUUUCUGAUGUUUAUCCUGCAGCUGCUGAUGAAGUUGGAAAAAUCCAUUUAAUUGCAGAUGAAAAGGUUCAAGGAGCUGUUUUUGAUCUUCCUGAGGAGAUUGCUAAAGAAUUACUUAAUAGGGACAUACCACCUGGAAACACCGUUUCCAAGAUCACCAAGCUACCUUCUUUGCAAGAUGAUGGGCCUCCAAGUGAUUUCUAUGGGAGGUUCUCUGACAGAGAUAGAAGUAGCCGAAGAGGUUCUACUUCUAGGGGAGGUUUUAGUUCUAGGGGAGGUUCCGCUUCUAGGGACCGGAGAGGUUUUAAAUCCUCACGGGGCUGGGAUGUGGAAGACUCCAAUGAUGACUUUGGUGAUCAAUCCAGUAGGAGAGGUGGUAGAAAUUUUAAAACUGGCAACAGCUGGUCUCGAGCAGCAGGUAAAAGCAGUGGCGAUGAUUGGCUAAUUGGAGGUGGUAGACGAUCAAGCAGGCCUUCAUCAUCAGACAGAUUUGGAGGGACCUGUUUUAAUUGCGGGGAAUCUGGGCAUCGUGCAUCAGAUUGUCCAAACGUUUCAAACAGACGAAGCUUUUUUUAAGUUCCCACAUAUAUAUGUUUGGGCACCACUUUUGUCCAAACGUUUCAAGACGUGAGCUGCUGCCACUGUUUUUGACCUAAUGGGUUCCGGAAAAUUGAAAGAUGCUUCCCAAAACAGUUACAGAAUCAAUUUUAAUUUGCAUCUCACGUGUUGGCGUGAUCUCCAAAGAGACCUCUGUUUUUCGUGGAGUCUCAAUGAAAUUUAGUAUUUGUUUUGGGAAGUGGUAUUGGAUAAAGAAUAGCGUUAACAGUAUGAUUAUGUUAUCUUAUUUUUGGGGUGAGUUUGGGGGAUUGUAUGGGCCUGUAUUCUAUUUAACCAUGUUACUAGUAUUUAAUAUCUUUCUGAACCUUCCUGGUUUAGGAACAGACAGGAAAAAUGAAUGAAAGAUGAAAUCCCAAAGGUUUAUGCAGAAGAUUCAUUUACAUUCA